AUGCCAGACGCCAUGGAAAUUCCUCCUCGGAGCGGAACCGCUUUCACACUGAACAAAGGACAACGCUUGACAGUCAUCGAUCCUAAAGGCGUCCAAGUCAGCGACCUUGUUGCGUGGAAUAGACAUGAUCCCGACGAAGUCAUCUCAAAUGGCAGGACACUGGACUAUGCGAGCAAAAUCUAUCUGACGACGGGAGAUCCGCUCUACUCGAAUCGAAGCAACAUCAUGCUGGAGAUAGUCGAGGAUACAUGUGGGCGGCACGAUUUUCUUUUGACGCCUUGCUCGAAAGACACAUUCAGAAUUAUUUAUGGCGAUAAAGAGCCCCACCGAGGAUGCUUCGGGAAUAUCGCAGAAGCUAUCAAGCCCUAUGGCAUCUCGGAAGACCGGAUUCCUUGCGCGUUCAACUGUUUCAUGAACGUGCCAAUAGAUGGACAGACGGGAGAAAUCAAAGUCUUACCUCCGACCUCAAAAGCGGGCGAUCACAUCGAUUUUGUGGCAAAGAUGGACCUCAUCAUCGCGAUGACUGCAUGCAGUGCUUUGCAGUCCAAUGGUGGGAGCUUCAAGCCGAUACAAUAUCGCAUCAGCGAUGGUGCAUAG